AUGGUUUUCCUCACAGGGAAAGCCCUGCAAACGCAGAUCACGAUAGCCGCAGGCUCGGGAUUCUUGCUCUUCGGCUUUGAUCAGGGCGUUAUGAGUGGAAUGCUCACCGGCGAUGCCUUCACGCGAACCUUUCCUGAGAUUGACACAAGCGAUAAUGCCAAUGGCAGCGCUAAUUUACAAGGUCUGGUAGUUUCGAUUUACGAGAUUGGCUGUCUUUUCGGUGCUCUGAUCUGCCUCUUCUGGGGUGAACAGCUCGGUCGUCGCUGGAGUAUCAUGAUCGGGUGUGUUGUUCUAAGUGUCGGUGCCGUGCUUCAAGCGUCGGCCUAUGGCAUCCCGCAAAUGAUUAUUGGGAGAAUUGUCGCUGGCCUGGGCAACGGCAUGAACACAAGUACCAUUCCUGUUUGGCAUUCGGAGUUGAUGAAGCCAAAGAGCAGAGGCAAAGGCCUUGCCAUCGAGCUGGCUAUCAACAUCUUCGGUGUCGCACUGUCUUACUGGACAAAUUAUGGCAUGAGUUUUGUUGCCAAUGAUGCUCAGUUCCGCUUCCCACUUGCCUUGCAGAUCCUGUUCGCUAUCAUGACGUUCCUCACCAUCGCCUUCGUUGUGCCAGAGUCGCCUCGUUGGCUGAUCGCCCACGACCGUCACGACGAGGCGCGGAAGAUCUUGUGGGCUGUGGAAACAGACGCCAAAACACUGGAUCCAAACGGCUCUCGUAUCAAUCAGUAUAUGAGGGAAAUCCAAGAUGCCGUUCGUGAGGAGCGUGAGGCUUCACAAGCUGGCAGUCACAAGAUGUUGCUUCACGACGGACCUCAAAGACUGCGCUACCGGACGUUGCUUGGUAUUGGUGGCCAGUUCAUGCAGCAAAUUUCUGGAAUCAACCUCAUUACUUAUUACGCACCAGUCAUCAUGCAGAAGUCCGUUGGCCUCGAAAGAAACCUAUCCCUGCUACUCGCCGGCUUCAAUGGCAUUGCGUACUUCCUCACAUCACUGAUCCCCAUCUGGAUCAUCGAUCGCGUGGGCCGCCGCAACCUGAUGCUCUUUGCCGCUGCUGGUCAGUGCGCUUGCAUGGCCAUUCUCUCCGGCACCGUCGCAGACGGGGGCAAGUCGGCAGGUAUCGUUGCCGUGGUCAUGCUGUUCCUUUUCAACGGCUUCUUCUCCGUCGGUCUCCUCGCCAUUCCGUGGCUGCUACCAGCCGAGUACGCCCCGCUCACCAUCCGAACGCGUGCCGCAGCCUUGGCCACGGCGUCCAACUGGCUCUUCACCUUUGUCGUGGUCAAGGUUACGCCCGUUAGUAUUCAAGAUGUUGGCCAUCACACGUACACCUACUUUAGCGUGUUCAACUUUGCCUUCCUGCCGCUCAUUUGGUUCUUCUAUCCCGAGACGAAGAACCUGACACUGGAGCAGAUCGAUAGGUUGUUCACAGGCGAUAAGGUCUUGAUGCAUUGGCAAUCGAGCAUGGGAGUUCCUGGGGAGGUUGAAGUGUCCGACCACGAUAAGGAUUAUGAGGCGGGAGCUUCUGGGCAGGUCAUGCAUGUCCAGGGAGACGAGAAGACCGUUGAAAAGGGGGUUUGA